AUGCUGUUGCUGGACACGCCAAUCAUGGGGCAGAAGACUGCCAAGCUCAUCAUCUACGAGAGCGACGUCGACGACGACGAGAUUCCGUUGCAUGUGCUUGACGACAUUCAAGCCAACCGCCGGUUUAUCUGGUGGGCGCUGCUCUUCCUCAACGGGUCGUGCCUCUGGGCCUACUUCUCCUGCCUCUCGGCGCAGUCGUACUACUUUUCGCGCUUUGCCAAUGCGACGACGGUCCAGUUUGAGUACCUGACGACGCCUGUCACGACGUGGCCGAUGCUGCUCGCCCAGCUCGUCCAGGUCGUCUUUGGUCUUGACAAGAAGCUCGGCAUGUGGAACCGCGUCCGCAUCGGCUUUUCACUCUACGCACUCUGCGCCAUUGCUAUCCUCCUUCAAGACAUCCUCAACGCAUCGCCCGAGACGGGCGCGACGAUCGUGCUUGUUGCGUUUGGCGUCGUCGGCUUGACCAACUCGCUCACGGAGGCCGCGUUUUUUGCGCUCUCGGCGCUUUUUCCCGAAGCUGCGUUUACAAAUGCGAUUCAAUUGGGCAACGGCACGUCCGGCAUCAUCAACAUCUCGCUGCACACGCUGCUGCAGCUCCUUGUCGGCGGCGCGACCCAUGCCAAGGACGACUCGGUGCACGUCCAGAAGGUCUCGUUCUACAUCUUCUUUGGCAUCUUUAUUGCCGUGUGCGUCUUGGCCGUCAUUGUCUUUCACAAGCUCCUCCGCAUCCCGAGCGUCCACUACCUCGUCGAACGAAAUGAAAUGGAGACGACGAAGCGGUACGUGAACCGCGAAACACUCGUCGACAUGUGGGCGCGCCUCGGCCGUAUCGCCCGCGCCAUUCUGCUGCCGCUGGCCAGCCAGUUUCUUAUCUACGUGUGCUCACUCGCGGCCUUUCCAGGUCUUGGUAUCGCGUCGGCGUCCCAGCUCGCCAGCGAUCCGUCCGUGACCGCGUGGUACGUCGACGGCGUCCUCCUCUGCUACAACUAUGGUGACUUCUUCGGCCGCGCCUUGUCGCCAAAGUUGUACCCAUACUUUUCGCUCCAGUCGUGCUUUACAUGGACGGUUGCGCGGUUCGUGCUGCUUGUAGCUGUGCUUGUGGGGCUUCCAGGCAACGGCGCCAACCCGCUUUUCAUCAUGGCCGACGCCCACACGCUCAAUCUCCUUUGGCUGCUCGCGAUCAACUUUGUGCUGGGUCUCUCGACGGGCGUGCUCAGUACAAUCACGUUUGGUCUUGGACCCCGACUUGUGCCGCAAGAAGACCGCGAGUCGGCCAGCGCCAUCAUGUGUCUCGGGCUCUUCCUUGGUAUCACCACAGGGUCCACGCUAGGCUGGCAAUUUGGGCGUAACCAUUGGCUCGGUGCUUAAUGGACUAACUAAACGUAUGAAUGACCCUCUCGCG